AUGGGUACAAACCAAUCUCUCCCCAAGAUAACACCGCAGGACCGUGCUAUUCUCGAUCUCAAGCUUCAGCGAGAUAAAUUGCGGCAGUAUCAGAAGAAGAUUCAGGUUAUCUUGGACAGGGAACAUGCUAUUGCAAAGGAACAUCUAACGGCGGGCCGGAAAGAUCGAGCUAUCGUCGCUUUGCGGCGCAGAAGGUACCAGCAGAGUUUGCUUUUGAAGACUGAUGGGCAACUAGAGAACCUGGAACAGCUGGUGUCUUCAAUAGAGUUCUCCCUUAUCGAGGUCUCUGUCGUGCAUGGCUUGAAGCAAGGCAACGACGUUCUCAAGGAGAUCCACAAGGAGCUCAACGUCGAACAGGUAGAGAAGCUCCUAGAAGACUCUCAUGAAGCUAGGGAGUAUCAGAGGGAAAUCGGAGAACUGCUAGUAAAUCAACUCUCAUUAGACGACGAAGACGCUGUGCAGGCCGAGUUGCUCGAACUACAAGCAAAAGCACUGGAAGUACCCCAAGAGAUGCCACCAGUCCUUCUUCCCGACGCACCAACGUCAGAGCCAGCUCAGCCUAUUUCCGAAGAUCAUCGGCCAGCAGAAGAGCACGACAGAGUGUUAGUGCCAUCAUGA